AUGUCGCCAUUCCGCUUACCAAAGAGAUCAAAGGCUGUCGUCCGUGGCCCCAGCGUGGACCCGCUGUCAGCAGACCAGGAAGCCCACUACGAGGCGGGCUUCCACUCUCUGCAAUAUCUUCCCGACGAUGUAGUCCUCUCGGUAGCCUUCAACAUUGAAGGCUAUCUCAUGGACAGAGGCGGCAAGCGUGCGGGGCUGGAGUGGACGCCGUCCACCAUAAUCGUCCACGGCAGGGUUUCCGACGGUGACUCUGUCCCGAUGCGAUCUCAGUCGUCAACCGACUCCUCCCCAGCCAAACGGCCCAGCUCCUCGCCUGCGAAGAGGCCUCGCCAGGCGGCCCUUUCUUCCGACGUUUUGCUCGGCAAAACGCCAGUCAAGAAGGCGAAGGGUUCUGUCGCCGCACCCAAAAAGGGGUCCCCGAUCCGAGCGAGCAAGCUUUCUGGACCAGAAGCCAUGCAGCAGCAUGGUCAAGACCUCAGAGCUGGAUUGGAUAGCCUGGGAGUGCGCCUGAACGAUGCCGAACGUGCUAGCAGGAGCGAACUGUCUUAUCUUUCGCCGCUAUUCUCCGCCAAUGGCAGAAAUGACAUAUACGAGAUGCUCUGUAGCCAACUCUAUGUGUCCGAGUGUCGUAUCCGUCUUAUACAAUCGGGUUUCCUGGCGUCAAGCCAUGAUCAGCGAGUUUAUCCAACACUCGAGUGA